AUGGAAACAAACAACAUAACUAAUCUAGAGAUACGUGGUCGUGCUCGUGUAACAGGGUGGUUAAAAGAUGUGGAAAAGAUUAAGGAAGAUGCUCAAAUCAUUUCAAGUACAGGGAAUAAUCAUUUCAAAGUUACUAAUGGUGACUUUUCAUCGAUAAUCAACCAUGGUGAUAUUUCAAAUUGGAGUAGAGCUGAAAUGAGAGUCUUACCAAACAAUUUAUAUUACUUGCACAGUCUACCAAAGUUAGCCAGUCUUUGCAACACUGCUAAUGUAAUUGAGCUACCAAAGCUGGUGGAGUUGAUACUUGAUGGUCUUCCUGAUUUCAGUAGCAUUUAUCCUGAGAAAACAUCUGUAACAUCUUCUAUGUCCAAUAAUAUCUCUGCAAUUCAACCUAUCUUUAACAAUGAGAUGCUGAUUCCAAAUUUGAAGAUAUUGUUAAUUGUGAGGAUGAAUAAGCUGAAAGAGAUAUGGCCUUAUCAAUUUAGUAGGAGUGACGAAGUUGAUACUUGCAUUUUUAGAAAGAUUGAAGUGAAGAAACAUAAUAAUCUUGUGAAUCUGUUUCCAAUCAAUCACAUGUAUUUUUUGGGUCGUCUGGAAGAGCUUCAUGUUAGUUAUUGUGGAAGCUUUGAAAUGUUAUUUAACAUCGAGAUGAGUUGUGUUGGUGAAAUUGAAAAACACAGUAGCAACUUGAGAUGCAUUCAUGUAUAUAAGUUGGGGAAGAGAGAGUUGUGGAGGAUGAAAGGUCCUCCUACUUAUGUGGAUCCCCUUAACAUAACUGCAAUGGCAUGCCCUGCUCAUCCUCUUUGUCCUCUUGCAAUCACUGAAGCUGAACGAGGAAUUCCUGACCUUCUUAAACGGGUUCGAGCUGUAUUUGAGAAGGUUGGUCUUCCAUAUAAUGAAUCAAUAGUAGUAAGAGUUACUGGUUGCCCUAAUGGUUGUGCUCGACCCUACAUGGCUGAACUUGGAUUAGUUGGUGAUGCCAGAACUUUCAUGAACAAGGUUAAGAUCCAGGACCUUGAGAAAGUCUUUGAACCCUUAUUCCAUAGCUGGAAAUCCAAGAGGAAAUCUAAAGAAUCAUUUAGCGACUUCACAAAUUGUGUCGGAUUUGAGAAACUUCAAGAAAUAGUGGACAAAUGGGAAGCUGUGGAUGCACUUGCAAGAAUUGAGAACAAGAGUGCUCAUCAAUUGGCAAUAGAAGUCUGUAACGCCCCGAUUCUCAGAAAGAAGGUUUUUGGAAAGGAAGAGCUUGGAGGGCAAGAGACUAGGAGCAAGGAAGGUGUGGGAAUAAGAAAUCUACCUCAGUUAGCAUCAUUUGGAGGUGGUGGAGUUUUUGGUAGUGAUCCGAGAGUUGGAGUUCAUCAACCGAGUCGACAUCUACAAGGUACUUCAGGAGAUCAUGGCAAGCGAAGGCGUGACCGUACCGCUCCUCAUCCUUAUGAUCAGGCUUUUGGGACACUCUGA